AUUUCACCAGAACACUGUCUCAGCGACAACAGCACUGCUUUCACCAUGCCUUCUUCUCAAGUUCUCGGGGUUACUUUGGCAUCUCUGUUGGUGUUUUUGGUCUGCAGUGCUACUGCACAAGAUGGAAUUACUUAUUUGACUAACGGUGCCAGAGUUCUCGUACCUGUUGGUCAAGAGAUAAAAGACUUACCUCCAGUUAAUCAAAAAUCAGCUUCUGAGUACAGUGAUGUCAUUGAUAAUGCAGCUAAACCCGAAACUUUUAGCCCUUACGAGUUUGGAUUUGCACUGAACGACGGAAAUGGAACAACACAACAUCGCCAAGAAAUUAGGAAAGAAAAUGGUGACGUUCAAGGCAGUUACGGAUACGUGGAUCCUCUCGGCGUUUACAGAAGAGUCGAAUAUUACACUGAUGCUACAGGUUAUCAUGCCAAAGUCAAAUCUAACGAGCCAGGACUUUCCAACAGAAACAGUGCCAACACAAUUUUCGUUGUCGAGAAUCCUCCAGCUUCUGCUAUUUUUCCAGAACAACGACCAGUAAUUGUAAUACCAAGCAGACCUGUAGCUUGAUUUCCUUCAGCAGACGACUUCAAAACAUAGAAAUAACGGACAAAAUUUUGUUAAAUUCGUUAUACCUGAGUAUCUGAAUAAAGCAUAGUUUAAGAA